AUGGUGCUUGAGCAUAAUGGUGUUGAUCGUUGUUGUUGUAUUAUUCCGAUCCUGCCCGGUACGCCACAAGAAAAAAUCGACGCGAUACGACGAGAACUGGAUCGGGUGUUCUUGAAACAAGUGUUACGCAAUUUUACCUUAGAGGAGAGGAUUAAUCUCACUAAUAGUGACUGCUGGCGACGUUAUCUCCUUCGAAUAGAGAUACUCUCCAGUUCCAAAAGGGAGCAAAAUGCCAAACAUCUCAAGCGCAAAGUUAUCUUGCAGGAGUUAGAACGAAGGUUUUUGCGGGCACUCGCGACAUCAAUUGGAAAGAAGUAUCGUGAUCUUCUUGAAUAUCAACAGGUUCAGCAUAGAAAGUUACGAGCUGGUAAUUUGAAUGCUGGAUUGGGUCAGCGAGAUGGUCCAUUGUCACGUCGAGCCCAUAAUAUGGACGAUGGGAACUCGUCAGAUGAGGAAGCAGCUGGCGGAAGGGAGGCUGACGCUGCCGAGCAGAGACUACAUGAUAGGCAUCUCGACGACGCAGCAGAGUACGAAGGCGAGGAAGAAGAUCGUGUCCACGUGGAGAAAGAUGAUGAAGAAAAGCAGAAUGAUAUCCAAGAAGAAGACGAAGAUAGCGAAAAAGAGAGGGAAGACCUAGAGGAAAUGGAGGAAGAACAGAAAGAGAACGCUAUUCAAGAAAAGAAGAAAAGCGCCGAUGAGAGGGUGAAGCAGAGUUUUUGUGUAACUUGUUUACUCAAUCAACAUUCACGAGAUGCUCGCCCUGGUGAUGAUGUCACUUUCCAGUUUGUGAUCUCCCAAUCGAAUUUGAUUGUUGAUUACAAGUUUGAUGUGAACUCGGAGCGCUGGUGUGAGGUUGUCUUUCAACUACCCCUUGGUAACAAAAGCAAACUUGACUUGGCGACAAUUGUAGAAACGGAAGUGGAAAAAUUUAUUGUUCAUCAAACACCUGGUAUAGAACGUUGCAUCGAAAGCGAGGAGGUUGUGCACGACGUGCCAACAAAAUUUUUACAAACGCAAGGCAUCAAUCUUGAGGUAUGGACUGGUUUCAAAAGAUUUAUAGGGUCAUGGGAGAGAUUUGGAAAUUAUUUUGCAACUCACUGCUAAAG